UAAAAUUGUCAGCCAAGGCUUAUUAAAGUAUUAGAUAAGUGAUAUUGACCAAGAUUCUGUUUAUAAAUGCAUUGUAAGAUGUAAAUCACAGAAUCUUGAGUUAAUAUCAAGUAACUUUAAGUGGAGUGAAAAUAAUAAAUUCCGUGAAUCUACGCUACAGACUAACACUCUUCAAAUAUUGCCAAAUGCUAUGAAUGGUUCAAUUAAACCAAUUAAAAGAGAAUCAUUCAAAAUUUUCCAAGACAUACUAGGGGAUGGUGCUCAAGGAAAAGUAAAAAAAGGAAAGUGGUGUAAUUUUAAUGUUGCAGUUAAAAGUAUAAAUCUGUCAGGUGCUAAUUUGAAAUUAGCCUGCAGAGAGAUUAAAGUUCUGGAGGACAUUAGACACCCAAACAUCGUACAGUUAAUGGCAUAUUGCAUUGAUAAAAAUUCUGUACACUUAUUGAUGGAACUCUUCCACAGUUAUUCUCUCUCUGACGUAUUGUUUGAUAACGUAUUCGAAAAAGCAGCUGCUUUAACAAUAUUAAAAAAACAUAAAAUUGCUCAGCAAUUUUGUCAGGUUAUUAAUUAUUUACAUUUAAAAGAAAAUCCAAUAAUUCACGGUGACAUAAAGCCUGCAAAUAUUUUGUUACAUGCAAACGGAACUGUAAAAGUUUGCGAUUUAGGACUUAGUAAGUUCAAGAAAAUGUCUAGUUCUUUACGAACAACGGUUGGUGGGACUGGGUUCGUUAAAGGAACUCCGCUGUAUAUGGCACCAGAGUUGAUUCUUGAAAACAAAGAAGCUACUGUCCAUUCUGACGUUUGGUCUUUGACCUGUACUCUUAUUGAACUUUACACGGAAAAAUCUAUUUGGGACAACGUAGAGGAUCAAGGACAGCUAAAAGCUAUGUAAGCUAAGAAAAAAUUACCGGAUUUGACAAGGAUUCCACGUGAGUUGAAAGAAGUCGUUACUCAAGGUUUAGCUUUUGAACCAUUAGAGCGAUGCACCGUAAAUCAAAUCUUAAAUAUCUAUGAGAAGUUUAUUUAAAAUUUUUGAAUUAAUGGCGGUUUUUAUAAUUAGUAAUUUAGUAAAAAAGAUUACUAUUGUUUUUGAGUAAAAGAUAACGUUCUUAAAGAUUUUUAGUCAAAAAA